GAGCAGCAUCCGGGUCCCUGUUGCAGCGGAGUGCAGCAAAGGCCGCGAGCGAAGUGAGGACGUGGCAAGCUGUGAGGGAGAGCGGAGCGGACGUGGAGGGGCCUUUCCGGUGAGCGGCGGCGGCGGGCACAGGAAGCGGAAGCCGGCGCCAGCGGCGGCCCGACGACCAGCAGGAGCGGGGACAGCCGGUUGAGGUGAAGGCUAGUUUGGGGAUGUGAGCACAAUGAGCGUAAACCAGCCAACUCACACAGGGCCACCUUAUGGGCAGCCACAGCCUGGAUAUGGAGGAUACCUGCCGCCUGGUUACGGAGGGCAGCCAAUCCCGACCGUUCCCACCUCACAGUAUGGUGCUUACAAUGGUCCAAUGACAGGAUAUCCGCAGACAGCCCCCCCACAAGGUUACUUUCCUUCAAUGGGGUUUCCUUCUAAGGGCUCUCCUGUCUCUCUUGAUUCUGAUGCUUCUUUUACUCCCAACUUCAUAGGUUCCCUGAGAGCUCCCACUACUUCUGGAGCACCUGCUUCAGCAUCUGGCACAUUAGUUCCUCCUGGGCAGCCGGCCUAUAGUCAGUUUGGACAAGGAGAUGUACGCAAUGGGAUUCCUGCAUCUACAGCUUCAUUGCAAAGACCUCCUGCUUCUCAACAGUUCAUGCCUGGAACAACGCCCACAUCUGCUACCCAGUCAGCUACUUUCCAGUCAUAUGGGCCACCUCCAACGAGCACACAACAGCUGACCAAUCAUAUGGCAGGAAUGCAUAUAGGUGGUGCAUCGACCUCUGUUCCUUCCCCAGGUGUACUGGGCUAUGGUCCGCCAACAUCAGUCCCUCCUGCCUCAGGAAGUUUUACUUCGAGUGGAUCUGGGCAGUAUGUGCCCUAUUCAAGCCAAGGACCGCCACCUCCUGCUGUGCCCCACGGAUUGCCUCCUACCACCUUGUCUCAGGGUCUUCCUAUGGCACAGCCUGCUAUUUCUGGUCCUCCGUCAGCCCUGAACCUCUCCCAUCAAGCUCCUGGGUUUGCCCCGCCGCCUUCAUCUUCUGGGGUCGGUGCUUCCAAUUACCCUCCUGCUGCAGGAGUUUCAAGGCCUCCCCCGAUGCAGGGGACAUCAUUACCGGGACAAGCAGCUACUGGGCCACUCACUUCCCAGCCAAACCAUGUGACCUCACCACCACCUCAGCCAGCUAUGACUGGGCCACCCCUUGGACCACCAAUGGCGGGCUUGCAAGGACCACCUCCCAGCCAUCCUUCCCAACCAGGAUAUGCACUGCAGCAGAAUGGGUCCUUUGGACAGAAUAGAGGUACCCAGCCAAACUAUGGGCCAGCUUACCCUGGGCCAGCAAAUUAUGGGAGUCAGCCUGGACCUCCACAGCCACCUCCACCAAAACGUCUAGAUCCAGACUCCAUUCCUAGUCCACAACUCAAUGAGCUGCCACCUCAGCAGAAACCCAGACACAGAAUAGAUCCAGAUGCAAUUCCUAGCCCAAUCCAGGUAAUUGAAGAUGACAGGAAUAAUCGUGGGUCAGAGCCAUUCAUCACUGGAGUCCGUGGGCAAGUCCCACCCCUUGUCACUACCAAUUUUUUGGUCAAAGAUCAAGGUAAUGCCAGUCCCCGCUACAUAAGAUGUACGUCCUAUAAUAUCCCAUGCACCUCAGAUAUGGCCAAGCAGUCGCAAGUUCCUCUUGCUGCAGUCAUAAAACCGUUGGCUGUGCUUCCUGCAGAAGAGGCUCCUCCGUAUUUGGUAGACCAUGGAGAAUCAGGCCCUAUCCGAUGCAAUAGGUGUAAAGCCUACAUGUGCCCUUUUAUGCAAUUCAUUGAAGGUGGAAGAAGAUUUCAAUGCUGCUUCUGUAGUUGUGUCACUGAGGUGCCAUCUCAGUACUUCCAGCACUUGGAUCACACGGGCAGGCGGGUGGACUACUAUGACAGACCUGAGUUAUCAUUGGGGUCCUAUGAGUUCUUGGCAACUGUUGACUACUGCAAGAAUAACAAGUAUCCCAACCCCCCUGCUUAUAUUUUCAUGAUUGAUGUAUCAUACAAUGCAAUAAGAAGUGGCUUGGUAAGGCUGAUCUGUGAAGAGUUGAAGACGCUCCUGGACUACCUGCCCAGAGAAGGAAACAUGGAAGAAUCAGCCAUCCGUGUGGGCUUUGUCACCUACAACAAAGUUCUGCACUUCUAUAAUGUGAAGAGCUCCCUGGGGCAGCCACAAAUGAUGGUUGUGUCAGAUGUAGCAGAUAUGUUUGUCCCUCUGCUCGAUGGUUUCCUGGUGAAUGUUAAUGAAUCCCGCACAGUUUUCACUAGCUUGCUGGAUCAGAUACCAGAAAUGUUUGCUGAUACAAGAGAAACAGAAACUGUGUUUGCCCCAGUAAUUCAGGCUGGCAUGGAGGCUCUGAAGGCAGCAGAGUGUGCUGGCAAGCUCUUUAUAUUUCAUACAUCACUGCCUAUUGCGGAGGCCCCAGGGAAGCUGAAGAACAGAGAUGACAAGAAACUGAUAAACACUGAUAAAGAAAAGACUCUCUUUCAGCCUCAGACAAACUUCUAUAACAACUUAGCCAAGGAAUGUGUAGCACAAGGCUGCUGUGUGGAUCUCUUCCUUUUCCCAAAUCAGUAUUUGGAUGUGGCUACCUUGGGGGUUGUUCCUCAUCAAACAGGUGGCUCCCUUUAUAAGUACACAUUUUUCCAGGUGGAAACGGAUCAGGAACGCUUCUUGAACGAUUUGCGCAGAGAUGUUCAGAAAGAAGUGGGCUUCGAUGCUGUAAUGAGGGUCCGCACAAGCACUGGUAUUCGCGCAACAGAUUUCUUUGGAGCUUUUUACAUGAGCAACACCACAGAUGUGGAAUUAGCCGGCCUAGACUGUGACAAAACAAUCACUGUGGAGUUCAAACAUGAUGAUAAGCUUAGUGAAGAAAGUGGAGCACUUCUUCAGUGUGCUAUAUUGUAUACAAGCUGUGCAGGACAGAGGCGACUGCGUAUUCACAACCUCUCCUUGAACUGCUGCACCCAGCUGGCUGAUCUUUAUAGGAACUGUGAGACGGACACACUUAUCAACUUCUUGGCCAAAUUUGCAUAUCGUGGAGUUCUGAACAAUCCAGUCAAGACAGUGAGAGAUACGCUGAUCAAUCAGUGUGCGCAGAUACUGGCAUGCUACCGGAAAAACUGUGCUAGCCCUUCUUCUGCUGGACAGCUGAUUCUUCCUGAAUGCAUGAAACUGCUCCCUGUGUAUCUGAACUGUGUUUUGAAAAGUGAUGUGCUUCAGCCUGGGGCGGAAGUCACCACUGAUGACCGAUCCUACAUCCGCCAGCUAAUCACCUCCAUGGAUGUGGCAGAUACAAAUGUUUUCUUUUACCCCAGACUCCUGCCACUGACCAAGAUAGAUCCCAACAGUGACUCCUUACCACCAGCAAUCAGAAACUCUGAAGAGCGGCUUUCCAAGGGUGACAUAUAUCUGCUAGAAAAUGGGCUGAACAUCUUUUUGUGGGUAGGAGCAAAUGUUCAGCAAGGGCUGAUCCAGAACCUCUUUGGAGUGGCAUCUUUUGGCCAAAUCAGCAGCAAUAUGUGCGUGCUGCCAGUUUUGGACAAUCCCUUUUCGAAGAGAGUACGGUCCGUCAUUGAUAUGUUCCAGUCUCAAAGAUCACGCUAUAUGAAGCUCAUGGUUGUCAAGCAGGAAGACAAACUGGAUAUGCUGUUCAAACACUUUUUGGUGGAAGAUAAGAGCAUGAAUGGGGGUGCUUCAUAUGUGGACUUCCUCUGUCACAUGCACAAGGAGAUCCGCCAGUUGCUGAGCUAGAGCUGGAGAUGCGCUGGAUUCCAGCACUGACACUUCUAUGUUCACUAACCGCCUGAUGAAUGGGCCCAGCUCCUUCGAGAAGGACAAUACAGAAAGCUGUACAAUUCCAUAAUUUUUAAUACACUGUGCAUAAACAGUUUCAGCAUCUCCCAAAACCCCUUGAAGAAGUGAGGCAUGGACAGACGAAACAUCAGCUAUAGGGGUGGGAGUGGGAAUGUUAUUUGAUUCCAGGCCUUGGACCUGUGCCCUCUUCUUGUGCUUGGCAGGUAUCUGUACUUCCUGCCUCCCAACCCCCCAGUUCUGUUAUAACAAAUGUUAUUUGAGUUUCACUAUACAAGAUUAAGCAUCAGGUGAAAAGGUGAUUGCUCUUCAGAACCACACAGUGGGUGUUAAGUUUGUGCAUGUGAUACACUGGAUGAAAAGGAGCCAGUUUUUUUGGGGGGGCGGGCUUGGGGGGGAGUGGAAGGUGGCAGGCCCUGUUCAACCAAAGAGUAGGAGAUUGAUAAAGCAGCCAAGCUGGGGGUUUUUACACCUUCACUUAUAAGUGGAGAGAGCAAUAUACUGUAAGCAAGUUAUACAGUGGCAUCUUCUAGGAAACACCUGAGCUGUUAGGGAAAAUAGCAGGGUAGGCGUGCCUUCACUGUAGUUGCUUUGCUGUGUGGAUAUGCCUUGGAAUAAGUGAGUGAUAAUGAGCAGGUGCUGUUUUGGGGAAAGUGAAAUUAUUCGGGGUUGGUAUAAACAGGUGUCGCCUCCACCACCCCUUGAGAAAAACAGCAUCUUCUUUCUUUCUUUCUUUCUUUCUUUCUUUCUUUCUUUCUUCCUUUCUUUCUUUCUUUCUUUCUUUCUUUCUUUCUUUCUUUCUUUCUUUCUUUCUCUGCCAGUGUCCUCUUUCUUUGGUGGUCUGUUGCCUCUUUCCAUUCACGUGGUAGGGUUUUGUCUGGAAUAUCCUUUUCAAAGGAGAUGGCCGUGCUUUCCCCUUCUUAUCACUUUGAAAAAGUUGUGUUUAUACGCAACACAUGAGUUUGCUUGGAGAGACAGUCUAUGUUUGAAUUGUAUCCAAGAAGCACUGAGAGGUCCUGUAGCACCAAUGCAGAAGGAGUUGCUCAUAUUCAUAACGUAAGGUUCAAAUCAUGCCACUAAUGUAUUCUGAAAUUCAAACCUUUAGUAGCUCUGAAUAAUUUUGGUCAUGCAGUACUUAAAUGGCUACAUCUGGGCAGUACUUACUAGUCCAUCAGUGUAGGAUAUCUGUGGCAUGCCUGCUUGUGGUCUUGUUACAACAAAUCAAGCAGGCUUAUGGCUGACCUCUCCAAGACUGAGCAGAAAGUAUUCUGCUUUGUAUUAGACAGAAAGAUGAUGAGUUUGAGACUCUAGGAGUCAAAGGGCUCAUUCAUUUUUUAAAAAGACACUAACCUUUUGUUUCUAAUGCUACACUUAGGAAUUCAUGCAGUGCCCAGAAUGUACUUGGGGAAUCGGCAGCACCGAAACGUGAAAAAAGGAAAAGCAGGGAGGUAGAUCGCUUAGACAAAUGAUGGAUUAAGACUGAAUAUAAGUAAAGCAUUUAUUCCAUCUGCCAUUGAAAAUUGAAGUUGAAACCUUAUAUACAUGACAGAUUAAAUAAUCCAGGAGUGUGGUUUCUAGUCCCUUGAACUAUAGUGUGUGUAUGUGUGUGUGUUUGUAAAUAUUUUUCCUUCUACUGCAGCUAGUUUGUCUUCCCUUUCAUCACACAGUGAAGGGGAGUAUCCCAAAAACUGUUAACUGGCCACACCUCAGUGAGUUUCUCAGCAGUCUUAAACACAUUUGCAAGUGUGGCUAACCCCCCCCCUUCCUCCUGCCAAACAUACAUACUGUCUCCAACCAAAAAAAUUAGAAAUCUUUUAAACCAGUGAAGAGAUUUGCUCCCCAAGACUCCACAACCGGACUUCCAGAAUACUAAUUUCUAGAAUUAAUAUAAAAGAAAAUAUACGAUCAUAAAUCUUUCUUCACUUUUUUCAAUGCAUCUUUUAAUUUGUAAAGAAAUAAAAAUAUAUGAAGAUGUAUUUUAUGUCAUUGUUAGUAAAUAAAUACUGAUUAUUUUUU